GGGGGCCCUGCAGUGCCAGGAAAACUAGUUUGUUUUCCUGGCACUGGAGAGUCCCUUUAAGGGGUUAAUAGCUUCCGGUAUCUAGAGAUGUUAUUGUAUCCCAACCCAAGCAGUAAAACCCUUUCACAGAUAAGCGAGACGACAAUAGCUGUUGGAUUUACGAAGACGAUGAAGCUGGGUCUCUGUGUGUUUCUUUAUAUUCUGCUAUUGCAGCAGCUGAGUUCUGGAGUAGAAGUGACAGUCGAGUCCCCUCAAACUGCGUUGAUAGGAUCUUCUAUUCUUCUUCCCUGCACAUUCCGCAUCAAUAACCCUCCUAUAAACCCUAAUUUCCUGGCGGUAUUCUGGAAAUUUAGAAACAUUGAAUUGAUGAAAUAUGAUAACAAGGGGAUGACAGCAAACUCGAAAGUGUCAGUAAAUGAGCAGGAUUUCAAGAAUGGAAUUGUUUCUCUGUCUUUACACAACGUGACUAUCUCUGAUGAAGGAACUUACACGUGUUUAGUUAUUUACAGCCCUGACAGACAAGAAAAAACAGUAGAUUUACAUGUCAAAGCCUCUCCAGUAGUCAGAAUAACUAAGAAAGCUCUUCUACAAAAUCAAAAAAGCCAGAUUCAAUGUUCGAUCACAGACUUCUACCCAGAGAAAAUUAAAGUGACCUGGUUGAGGGAUGGAUCUCCUCUGUCAACAGACUUGAGAGUACCCCAGAGGAAUGCAGAUGGGACCUAUAGGGUAAACAGCUCUUUGAUUUUCACCCCAACCCAAAAUAGCUUGCUCAUCGAGUGCGAGGUGGAGCAUGAAUCACUAACAACUCCUAUAAAGGACAGUUACACAGUAAUAUAUGGAGUGCCCCCCACUGUACAGAUCUUCUCUUCCGAGAUACCAGAACAUAAGGAGCGAGUCUUUGUCUGCGAACUGAAAGGGUUUUACCCUGAGCCUGUGACAGUCAAAUGGAUGCAGAAUGGAAAAAGGAUCGAGACAUCUGGAAGAAAUGCAGACGGCACUUUUAAUAAAGAAAGUUUUUACCGUGUUCAUUUUUCAUCGCAAAACAAGUCGGCAGAUAUCUCCUGUGAGGUGGAGCAUGAGACGUUAUUAAGUCCUAUAAUUAAAACCCAGCAUAUUGAAUACUACAGUGACGAUAACAAGUCCUCUCGUCUUGGUUUAGCAGUGGUUCUAACCAUAAUAGCGACUCUGGCUGUUAUCUGUGCUUUAUUCUGGUAUUUCGUCUACAAGAAAAAAUAUUUCAAGAGAUUUGUAGUGAGUCCAAUAUACAGGCCUGAGAUGUGGGGUGAGGAUAGAAAGAUCACCCUGUAUUGUAUGGCUUUCAACUGCCCAAAGGAGGUCCAGGUGACGUGGAUUGUGGAUGAUCAUGAUGAACAGAGCAGCAAAAAGUCAUAUGGAGGAACCACGGAUGAGGAGAAGAAUUUGCUGAGCCGUGAUUAUACCAUAAAAACUGACCAUUCACAGGUCGAUGGGAUGCACAAUGUUAUCACAGCAGUAAUUAUGACAGCCAACCUAUCAGAUGAAAAGAAGAAAGACAUUGUAUGCAUAUUUAACUGCGACGGGCAGACCAAAUGGCAAAAAAUUGUCUGGAACCCUAUGUUAUUAAAACCCCAAAUAGACCACGCAAAGCCUAUUCAACUAUCCCUGUGUGACUCGGGUGAUGUUCUCUGUUCGGUCAAUCUGAUGAACUUCAGUCCUAAAGAUAUUCGGAUAACAUGGAGUAGUGGAGUUGGACAUUAUCAGGAUCUGAAGACCUUUAAGGAGAUAGUUACAAAAAAUUCCCAGAACAUGUUUGAUGCUGAAAGUGAAUGCAGGAUCUCCAUAAACCUAUUCAAUGAGCCUGGAUUUAAAGCUCGUGUUACUUGGAAACAUAAAUCCAUGGAUAACUCUGAAACCAAGGAAGUAUCUGCAGCAGACUUGCCUUGGCGCCCUCAGAUAGGAGAUAUAAUAAUACCAUAUUUGUUACACAGCGCUGAGGCCAAGCUGCAAUGUACAAUCUCUGGCUAUUUCCCUGAUAAUCUGGAUGUGAAAUGGUUCAGGAGGGAACCUGGAAAGCAGGAACUGUACCUUGUGUCUCCCAGUGAGAAAUACAAGCUUCCAGUAAAGGAUGUAACCAGACAGGAGGAUCUGACUUAUACCUGUACAGCCAGUCUGAUUGUCACAGUGUCUAUUAGAACUGAUCAUGGAGCAGAGUUCAUCUGCCAGGUGGGACAUCCCAGUGUGGAGAGACCCUUGGAGAGCAGAACAGGGGAACUCCAUGUGAGAGGAAUCCACGUUUUUAAUGUGUUCCUCGAUUAUACACAGUCACAUGACUUGCUAACGGCGGACGUCAGAGUUUUCCCAAAUCAAAAUAUUGAAGUAACAUGGAGUCGAUCUAAAUCUGGAAAGCUUUAUGAAACGUACCCUGAUUCUGAACAUAUCAAUAAAUCUGCCGAUAUUGGGGGUGGAAUUACCCAAUUAAUCAGCCAAUAUAAAGCAAAAAAGAGUAUUCAGGAUCAUAUAAAAUAUUUCAAAGUAUCAGUGAAACUUAAAUCAAUGGAAUCUCCGAUUGAGAAGACAAUCGUACGUAUAAAAGGUGACUAUUCCAUUAUUGAUGAGGCAGGUGAGAGACCAUUGCCUAAAUCUUCCAUGAUGGAAUGUAAUGGUCCUCCUGGGUGCUCAGAUCCUCCUAAAACUACAGAGAAAGGUGACUUGUCCAUUAUUGAUGAGGCAGGUGAGAGGCUGUUGCGUGACUUAUCCAUGACGGAAAAUAAUGGUCUUCCUGGCUUCUCCGAUCCUACUGAAACUACAGAGAAAGGGAACACUCAAAUGGAACAGAAAGACGACAAUGGAAAGAAACAAAAGGGAAAAUUUAAAAUGCCAGCAGUGUUUAGUAAAAAAUCAUCCUCCAAAAAGUGAUGUGAUAGCUGCCAUAGCAAGAUUGUGUCAUUUUGCUAUUAUUGGUUGACAAUGGAAGGACUCUAGGAGAUCAGUUUAACUGUGAAAUGAGGGCCAUACCUCUCUGAUGGCGACAAUUUUAGUCUGUUCGUCGAUCUGUACUUAUUUCGCUAUCAAUCUCUAUCUCUUCCACUUUUAUUUUUAUUAAAUAAAAUAAAUAGGAAGAGUUAAAAACCUACUAAUUUAAGGCUUUUAAUAAACCAAUGAUGAGAUUUGUAAAAUCUUGUUUAUCUUUUCCCAUUAUUGUAGCUUUUGACUGCUAGCUUUCAGGCAUUAUGUGGAAUGACUGAGUAUUCCAUCCAACCUGCAGUUUAUAGGGUUCGAACCCCUUUAUUACCACUCGCAUGUUUACAACAUUACGGAUACUUUAUUUAGAAUUGGAUUUCACAUUUACCUUUUACACACACACUAUUAUCACUCCUGUACAGUGCAAGGUUAAUUUACUGGACGUCACUGAAUAGCAGACAUGUGAGGGCGUAUUAGGCAUGCUCUGGGUAUAUACGCAGCUUGCAACACACUUGAAAAUAAAAAUGUAAUCUGUAAUAAAUAUGUAUAUGUUAAAGUGAUUGGAUUAUAUCUUUUUAUGUAUACUUUCUUCUUUAAAUGUCUCACUGUAAUAUCCCUCGAAUAUCCAAAAUAUGAAUACGCAAUCUGAAGUUUUUCUGUGACA